AAACGUAGCGGGAAAGUGAUGAAGCGUCCUGAAAAUGACACGACGCAGACUCUGAUAGUGUGGACAGGACGCGGUCUUCAUUGGUAACACGGGGGCACCAGUGGAAAGCACGGAGAUGAUAAAUUGCUGACCAGUUGCACCUGUUUCUGAAGCCGGAUUCAAAGCUAUGGGAAGUCAUCUACGCUAAUACAACCGAAAAAAAAAUAGAAUACAGAAAAGAGCACAACCUAGUCUCCAGCAAAGGAGUCCCGCCUCUGCACAGUGCUAGCCCUCCUGUGAUUGUUCCCUCCAGCUGUCAGUCAGAGACCACGGUUCAGGUGGGGUUGCAGCGCGCAGAUGAUUGGCAGCUAUCUGUGCAGCUGCCUGAAAUACGGGAGGAUCCGUCACUUUGUGAAGAUUAUGAAUUUACUUUGACUCGGGCAGCAUGUCGAUCGAGGCAGAGGCUCUGCUGCAGGAGGCGAAGGAGAGCAUCGAGGCAGCGCAGAACUACAGGAGCGAGCUACAGCACCGAGUGCAGGGCCUGGACCUGGCGCGCCAGCAGAUCAAGGGCAGCGCGACGCAGACCAGGGCUGUCCUGGUGCAGCACUUCCAGGAGCUGCAGGGCACGGUCAGCAGGCUGCUGGAGGAGCGACUGGCUGCUCUGCUGCUGGAGGUGGACGCUAUCGAGCAGGACAGUGUCCGGCCGCUGGACGACUGCCAGAAACUGAUCGAGCAGGGGGUGAGCACGGCCGACGAGCUGCUCAGGGAAGGCGAGGCUGCUCUGCGCUGCGGGGUCGGAGAGCAGGACGACAAGCUGGGCAGCUUUACUAAAAAGGCUCUGCAGAUUCAACUGGACAGUCUGCCCGAGGUGCCGUCCCUUGCGGAGGUGUCCUGCCUGUCUGCUCAGCUCGACGACUCCCUGCUCCCCGCGGUGAAGGGCAGGAUCUGCACCCAUGGCAGUGUCGCGUCGCACCCUCCCGUGCAGAUCGACGAGCUGGUGGAGCGGCCGGGAGGGAUUCUUGUGCGCUGGUGUAAGGUGGACGACGACUUUGCCGCUCAGGACUACCGUCUCCAGUAUCGCAGGAGCGCGUCGAGCCACUUUGAGGACGCCUACGUGGGGCAGGACAGCGAGUACCUGGUGCUGCACCUGGACCCCCACACGGAGUACCUGUUCCGCGUGUGCGCGCGGGGCGACGGACGCUGGGAGUGGAGCCCCUGGAGCAUCCCCCAGACUGCCUGCACCACCCUCGCCCCCCACGAAUGGAGCCCGGGCAGUGAGGAGUACAGUCUGAGCAGCCGGAGGGACAUCGCAUUGAAAAACGACUCCCCGCUGUGUGGAGCUGGGGUCCUGUACUCGCAGGCCCCCACCUACUGCUGCAGACAGACCCUCACUUUCAAAAUUAUAAGCGCAGGUCAGCCAGACAAACGCGACAGUGUUGGAGUCUGUGUGGACCGUCGCAAUGGACAGGAUUCCCUACAGCGAGAUCAGGCUGUUUGCAUUACUACCAGUGGUGCUGUAUUUGUAAACGGCAAAGAAAUGACCAACCAGCUACCGGCCAUCUCGACUGGAUCUGCUGUGACUUUCGACAUGGAAGUGGUGAACGUGUUUCCUGUGAAUAUUAACAAUAACGAAGGGGCGAGCGUCAAGCUGAGGGUGACGAUUGGUUCAGGGAGCAGGGAGGUGGUGUUCGAUUGGUUACUGGAGCAGGUGUGUGAAGGGCUUUUCUUUGGGUGCUCCUUCACACACCCAGGCUGGAAAGUGUUUGUGUUUUAAUCCCUUCAUGUUUACCAAACCCACUUUCACUCGAUUUACUAACUGGUUCUACAGGAAUUGUAGGUUCACUUGAACAUUGAGGUAGAUAUGACAUUAGAAUUGUUGCCUUAAGUCUCCUAUAAAAACAUUAAAAGCAAUCUACAUUUACUUACUGUUGACCAUGUUUUGUGAACUAAAGGUUUAAGAAUUUGGUAAUUUUCACCUUUAGCAUCAGUAAUGGGGUGUUAAGAGUGGUAGAAUUAAAACCAGGCUGUGCAUCUUCAUUUUUGAGAAACUGCAGACUGUAAAAACAUCACUGGGUUACCUUUUUCAUUUUCUAAGACUUGUUUAGCAAAUACCUUGUCUUUCUGUCAGUGUGACUGUACAAGUGGUUGGUAGUAACAGGGUUUUCAUUUUCUGCAAGGAAUCAGAAAGAUGCCACAACCCCUAAACUCCUUGCAUGCUUUAACAAUUUUUUUUUUCUUUUGCCGAAUGCCCAUGUUCAUUUUUCUUGUCCAGACAAUCUUUACAGUAUUUAAAAACAAAAACAAGAAAAAACCUUCUAGCUUUUGGCACAUCAACAAACUAGUAGUGAACAAAUGGUUGUGAAAAUGAAACAAACAAAAAAAAAAGAGCUAGAAAUCAAAAGUGCUUGUCCAUAAUAAUUUCACUCUGAGGUUAAUGAAGCAUUUAUACAGAAUCUAGGGUAGGAAGGGGCUGUCUGCUUUGCAAUGGAUUUUGUUAUUUCUACAAUACCGGGCUCAAUAAAAAAAAAAAAAAAAAAAUUAGAUCAAAAUCAUUUAAGUUUGGAUUGACAAAGCACUUAAUUAUAUCCCAUUUCAUAUAAUGCUGUAUUCACAAACCAAUAACACACUAGAAAUACAGAGAACUGCAUUUGAUUUACUGGUCUUUUGCAUUGGCAAAAUUGGGACUUGAUUAAUAUGCACCUUUUAAAAUGAACAAAAAAGUACUGCUGUGAACUGUGAGAAGUGGCUAUUUAUCCAGACCUUGGGUUUUACUUGUCUGUACUUUUCCUUGUGAAACAAUGUAAAUGGUUAUAGUAUUGUUAACUUACCUCAUGGGUUAAGCAGCAGAAUGUGCUUGGUAAAUAUUCGUAUGAAAGCUGUAUUGUCAACAUUUAAAUAAAUAUUUUAAAAAAAGGGAA